AGAGGAUCUGUGUGGCAGUGGAAACUACACAGCAGAAAUGAGUCUUGACCUUGGGAGAGGUGUAGAGCCUGGCGAUGCUGUACCUGCCCAGGGGAACCUCAGAGUGGUUAUCAACCUAAAGACAAACAACAGUCAGAUAAACCUCGGGGUCACCUCCUGUUGCCUGUCUCCAACCAUCCAGCCAGACCUUGCAAACUCUACCUGCUGUCUUUUCUCCAGGUUAGCAGCAGAACCAGCAGGGAUCACACUACUGCCCACUGCCUUGUCAACGAGUGCCAGCUUCACCAUCAGUCUCUUCCAAAUGAUUAAUUACUCAGUAGUGUACCUACACUGCGAUCUGAGUGUCUGCCUGAGGAACCACUCUGACUGUGAAAGGCAGUGCCUUCAGAAGAGGCGUGCACUUCCCUCAGAGGGCUCGCAAACUUUUGCCACCAAUCUGAAAAAUCGCAUAUCCUUUGGACCCAUGUUGAAACAAGUGAAGAACUCUACCUUUCCAGAGGAGAUAGAACCAUCAGAACUGGACUUGGCUCUGGUCAUAGUCAGCCUGGUGGUUGGCUCCUCGCUUGUCACAGUGAUGCUGCUGCUGGUGUGGCUGGCCUACCGUAAACGGGGUGACUGGCUGCUCCGCUCGGCGGCUCCGCCACGAGCCUGCUGCGGCUGUCUUCACCCAGGAGGUGACUUGAUCCUUCCAUGACCAAGGAGGGACCGUCGCCUUUUACACUGAUCAAGUCUUUACCAAAAUAGCUGCAGACAAUUGCAUUAGUCAACAGACAGUGGAGCAGUCAAUCAUAUUAACCACAGAGCAGAGGCGGCCAGCUGCAUCGGCUGGUAUAGGCUAGACUACACAAUGAGGAGCAAUCCAAUUCACACCGCCUUUCGCAGGUGACACAGCUGUUGCAGUCUAAUUUUGUACUUAACCAUGAGCAGUCGAUUAUCAUUCACAAAUAAAAAAAAAACACCUUAAGCCCUUUGUUUUAUCCCCAGGGGCAAGAAAUCAGCAUGCUUUGUUUCCCACUUUGAGAAUAAUGGCUUGUGAAUAACUGUUUCAUACACGAUAAUGUAUGCAUUUGUGUCUUGUUACCUAUAUCGAGUCUUUGUGGUAGAAGCUCAUUUAUUAUUGCAAGAGAACAUACAACAGCCCUGAAAUAUUGCUUCUGUAUCUAUACACUGUAAUAUGAUGUGGCUAAUAAUAUGAAAUAGUGGGAAAAAAAUAUCAGAAUAUGUAUCAGUGCUGAUUUACUUUUAAUCUGUGUCUAAAGAAGAAUUUUUUCCUGAUCUCAAUCUCUAAUCUGAAUCCUUAAUAAGUACAAUGAAGCAAAAUACAAAUCAGAAAAGCCUUUCUAGCAGUAUUCCUAACAUAAUAUUCCUUGAUCCAUUUUAUGUGCACCAGUAAAG